AUGGAAAAAAGAGAAGAGGGAAAUAAAACCAUCAUCACAGAAUUAAUUCUGCGGGGAUUUGGGGAUUUUCAAGAUCUACGGAUUGUCAUCUUCAUCUUGUUUCUAGCCAUCUACAUACUUACAAUGACAGGGAACAUCCUCAUUGUUGGAUUAGUUGUGACAAACCACAACCUCCACACUCCCAUGUACUUUUUCCUGGCAAACCUGUCUUGUUUGGAGACCUUCUACAGUUCAACCAUCUUGCCCAAGGUCCUUGUCAGUUCCCUGAUUGCAGACAGAGCCAUUUCCAUCCCUGGCUGCAUUGCACAAUUCUAUUUCUUUACUGCUCUGGUAGUCACUGAAUGUGGUCUCCUAGCUAUGAUGUCUUAUGACAGAUAUGUAGCAAUAUGUAAACCACUGCAUUAUGGAACUCAUAUGACGGCUAAGCGAUGCCUUGCCAUGGCAGCUGGGUGUUGGAUUACAGGUUUUUCGGCAAUGUUAGUAAUGAUGUAUCUGAUGACACGGUUGACUUUUUGUGGUCCCAAUGAAAUAGAACAUUUCUUCUGUGACUUUACCCCUGUGGCAAAAAUCGCUUGCAGUGAAUCUCAGAAAUUUGAACUAAUGGGUUUCAUAUUCUCAACCAUUUUCACCGUGCCUACAUUUUUAUUGACUCUGACUUCAUACACAUUUAUCGUAACCACUAUCCUGAGAAUCCCGUCUGCUACUGGAAGGAAAAAGGCCUUCUCUACAUGCUCAUCUCAUCUUUUUGUGGUGACAAUUUAUUAUGGCACCUUAAUCAUAGUCUAUGUGCUGCCCAAUAAUGAAAAUAUGAGAAAGCUAAACAAAGUCUUCUCAGUUUUUUACACCAUUCUAACUCCUCUGGUCAAUCCACUGAUAUACAGUCUGAGGAAUAGGGAAGUGAAAGAGUGCCUUAGGAAAUCUGUUGGUAAACUGACUAAUGGCAUAUGGUCAAAGGAAAUUCAAGGAACUGUUUUUAGUUUGGGAUGGAAUCCUAAAUCACCCUAGAUUCAUUUCCCUCACUUCAAGUUGACUCUGA